AUGGCAACAGGCAUAAUGGCACCUCCUACUACCAACAAUACGCAGGCGAACUCAGGCCCGUACGUCUCAAAGUGGGCAAACCGGUACCGCGGAGCCGCAGUAGAAGACCUCCAACCGCCCGCAGCCCUCUCGCUCACGCCCUCGGACCCCAUCUCCCUCGCCCUCGAGGCCGCCUUCGAGCGCGACUACACGCACCUGACGAUCGUGGACGGCCAGACCCGCAGCCUGCUGGGCUACGUGUCGAUCCCGAACCUGCAGGCGCAGCUGGACGGCGGCAGGGUGGCCGCGGAGGACCCCAUCAGCGCCGCCAUGACGCGGUUCCAGCGCCGGGGCAGGAAGUACAGCGUCAUCACGAUGGACACCCCCCUCGAGGAGCUCGAGGCCUUCUUCGAGGGCGCGCAGACCGAGGGCCAGAAGCAGGAGUUCGCCGUCAUCACCGACGACAACAGGCGGUUCGUCCUGGGCGUCGCCACCAGGGGCGACCUCGAGGAGUUCGUCAAGAGGAGGCCGGCGUAG